AAAAAGAAGAAGACAAUUUGCAAUAACGCUACAGUUACUGGGCAUUCGGUCUCCGUCUCUCUCUCUCUCUCUCUCUCUCCCCCCCAAGAAAAGAAACCCUCCGCUCCUCCGCCUUCCUCUGCCAUCGGUUUCGUCUCCGGGGAGGAAGAAGAGCUUCCCGUCCGCGUUAAUGGAGAUCUCGAACUCUAACUCUAACUCGAACUCGCAGCAUCAGAAGAAGCAGGUCCUCCUCUUCCACUGCAUCGAGUCCGAGGAGCUGGCCCGCAAGGUCGCCGCCCAGUCUGACCUCAUCAACCUCCAAACCAUCAAGUGGAGGAGCUUUGAUGAUGGGUUCCCGAACCUGUUCAUAAACAAUGCGCAAGAUAUCCGAGGCCAGCACGUGGCCUUUCUCGCAUCCUUCAGCUCUCCCUCGGUGAUCUUUGAACAGCUCUCUGUCAUAUACGCGCUGCCUCGGCUCUUCGUUGCUUCCUUUACGUUGGUAUUGCCCUACUUUCCGACGGGGUCUUUUGAGCGGAUGGAAGAAGAAGGAGAUGUGGCUACAGCAUUUACCAUGGCAAGAAUAUUGUCAAACAUUCCAAUCUCACGGGGUGGCCCGACAAGCAUAGUCGUAUAUGAUAUACACGCUUUGCAGGAAAGGUUUUAUUUUGGGGACAAUGUUUUACCUCUUUUCGAGACAGGAAUUCCUCUGUUAAGGCAACGUCUUCGCCAGUUACCUGAUUUUGACAAGGUCAUUGUUGCUUUCCCAGAUGACGGAGCCUGGAAGAGAUUUCACAAGCUCUUGGAUAAUUUCCCAGUGGUUAUUUGCACGAAGGUUCGUGAAGGUGAUAAGCGGAUAGUUAGGCUGAAGGAGGGAAACCCUUCUGGCUGUCAUGUAGUCAUUGUUGAUGAUUUGGUCCAAUCUGGAGGAACCUUAAUCGAGUGUCAGAAAGUGUUGUCGGCUCACGGUGCGGCCAAGGUGAGUGCGUAUGUCACCCACGGCGUAUUCCCUAAACGGUCUUGGGAGCGGUUCAUUCACGAGAAUAACGAUUCCAAUAAGGGGUUCGCCUACUUCUGGAUCACCGAUUCUUGCCCGCUUACCGUCAAGGCCAUUGCAGACAAAGCUCCCUUCGAGAUUCUUAGUCUCGCAGGAUCGCUUGCAGAAGCUUUACAAAUCUGAGUAGGAGUUGUGGAAGGAAUCUCAGCGUUCACAUACAGCAAUUAACACCCUUUUCUUUUUGUAUAAUUAUCCAAGAGAAUAAUUCUUUUAGGGCCUUAUUUUCAUUCUAUUUCCUCUCUCUCUCUCUCUCUCUCUCUCUUUUUGUUCGGUGUCGUUAAGACAAAGCCUGUAUUGAAUGUGACGCUUGGCUGUGUGCGACAAAGGCAUCUCUGCCUAAUCCAUGAAGAGAUUUGCAUUUGUUCUGCCC